ACAAAGUGUGGGUCUCUAGUCCAGAACAGGCAAAGCUCAGUAGCAGCUUGAAUUGCAUAGCUGGCGGUGAACGGAGAGAUGGCCAUGGACGACUACGAUGAUGACAUGAGCAGCGUGGGCGUUACCACAGCCCGAAUAGAGAAUCAACAUCAGCAGCAGCAUGGCCAGCAAGGUCAGCAUGGAUACCACCAACAGGGACAUGGACAGAGCCAGUACAGCGCCGGGGCGGUGAAAGUGGGAGGAUGGCGAUACGAGGACGCCAGCCGCUACAUUGGCGAGUGGAAUCAGCGUGGCCAAAAGCACGGCAUCGGACACCUUCAGUUUGCAGACGGCACCCGCUACGAUGGCCAGUUUCAGGAGGGUCUCAGCCAAGGAGUAGGCUGCCUUUGGUUCGCGGAUGGCGCGAAAUACGAAGGUGAGUUUCACCAGGGCUGGUUUCAUGGCAAUGGAAUCUUCUGGCGCGCUGAUGGAAUGAAGUAUGAGGGUGAGUUUCGAGGUGGAAAAAUCUGGGGCCUGGGACUGCUGACGUUCCAAGACUUCACACACGGAUUCCCCAGAAACGAAGGCUUCUUUCAAGACUGCCGAUUCAUGAGGCGGCGUCGAUGUCCCGAGGUGGUUCAACGGGCUCAAAAGUGCGCUCUUAUGGCCCGUUCCCAGUGCGAGCACCCCUACUGAUUGGUGGCGUCAGAUCUGUUGUGUCAACCAAAAUGAAUUUAAAAGAAUUUAAAAUGUCCAAAUGUAUCAAAGGAAAAUAAAACAUUCUUACCUACCUGCUCUAAGUA